AAAAAAUGUUAUCCCCUCCUCCCGGUUAUUAACCACCCGGGUGUCGCGGGGGAAGAAGAAGGGGAGAGAUGGCGGCGGCACACGCCUGAGAGGAGGGAGGGUCGAUGGUGGUUUCUUUUCUCCCCACCCUCCCCCCUCGAGGCCGUUUUAAAUUCAAAUCCCUCAGGGAGGAAAAAAAAUAACGGUUUUAACCGUCACAUGAAGUUCUGAGGAUAUUUUUUAAAAACACACAAGAUAAAUAUAUAAUUAUGGGCGUGCAAGGAUUUCAGGAAUUCAUCGAGAAACACUGCGCCGGAGCCGUGGUGCCGGUCGAGCUGCAGAAGUUGGCCCGGGCCGCCCGCCACCGGGCCUCGGGCCCAAGGCAUGGGCCUUACGCGGCGCCGCCGCCUCCUCCUCCGCCGCCGCCACCUCCGCCGCCCAGCCCGCCGCCGCUGCGGCUGCUGCUCGACGCCGAGACGGGCCUGCACCGCCUGUACGGCGGCUACUUCACCGACUGGGUGAGCGGCGGCCAGUGGAACCAGAUGCUCGGCUUCCUGGCCUCGCUGUCCAGGGCGUGCGCCGGCGGCGGCGUCGAGCUGGUCGUGGCCUUCAACGGCUCGCUGGCCAAGGCCCGGCUGCCCGACUGGGUCAAGCGGCAGAACCAGGAGCGCCAGAGCGCGCAGCUGAUCGUCAACCACGUCCGGCACAAGGGCACGCCGCCGCCCAAGGUCUGGUUCUUGCCGCCGCCCGGCCUGGCGCACUGCGUCCGCCUGGCUCUGCUCCGCUUCCGAGUCAAGGUAGUUCAGAGCAUCGAGGACCACCACCAGGAGGUGAUCUCCUUCUACCGUGAGAAUGGCUUCCACGGCCUCAUUGCCUACGACUCCGAGUACGCCCUGUGCAACGUCCAGUGCUACCUCAGCGCGCAUGCUCUCAAGCUGAGCUGGAAUGGCAAGAGCCUCACCACCAACCAGUACCUGAUGCAGGAGGUGGCCAAGCAGCUGAAUGUCAACCCCGCCCACUUCAGCAUCUUUGCUGCCCUGCUGGGUAACCACAUCCUCCCAGAUGAAGAUCUGGCUGCUUUCCAUUGGAGCCUAUUGGGCCCAGACCACCCUUUGGCCUCUCUGAAGGUCCGAGCCCACCAGCUGGUCCUGCCACCCUGUGACGUGGUAAUCAAAGCCGUCGCGCUCUACGUCAGCAGCGUCCCUGAUGUCCGCGAUCUCGAUGCUGUGGCCAAGGAUGUCUUCAAACACUCUCGGUCCAGGACAGAAGACAAAAUAGAGCGAUUCAAGCGGGCUGUGGAGUAUUACGCUACUGCAAGCAAGCCAAGGCCGCUUCCUCUUGGACCCUCUCCAUUCCUCGGUUUUGGGCCCAGCCAGUUUGGGAUGCCCCCCUACGCAAAUGCGCAUAUGCAAGCAAUCGCGCAGCCCAAGCCGCUGUUUCCGCCACCACCCAUGAUGCAGAAGCUGCCGUACCAGCCCUUCCCGCCGGCACCAGGUAUCACCUUCCCCACGUCCCAGGGCCAGCUAGUCCACGGUCCACACUUCGACCCUGGCCUGGCCAAGCAUGAGUUCCAGCGCCCAUGCAAGCAGCUGGCCGAUUGGCCCGGGCCGGCACCUCCGCCGGCUGCCAGAAUCUCCAACCACGCGCAGGCCAAAGAAUCAGCAUCGCCUCUGCACAACUCAUCGCCCUCGUCUUCCUCUGACGUGGACGAACAGAGCGGAAGCAACACAGCCAACCACCUCGUCGGCCAGUCCUCUCAGCACAAAGGCAACUGGGAAGGUGCCGGCCCAGCUCCGGGUGCAAGCCAGAGCCCCGAGAAAAACAUCCCUGAGGGGCACCCCGAUGCCAAGACUGGAAGCGAGCACACUCUAUCCCGGGACUCAGGCACUGCCCCGCCGAACCCCACAGCCCACAUACCGUCGCUGCUCUCCAUGCAAACCAGGAACCACAUGGACAUCACCACCCCACCGCUGCCUCUUGUCGCCCCCGAGGUCCUGCGCGUGGCAGACCACAGGCACAGGAAGGGUCUCAUGUACCCUUACAUCUACCAGGUGCUGACAAUGGGCGAGUUGAAGCUCCCCGUGUGCAUCGAGGAUGAGGCCAACAACGACUUGCCUCCCGCCACUCUGCUCUACAGAUCAGCCCGCCAGUACAUCUACGGAGUUCUCUUCAGCCUGUCCGAGACCCAGCGGAGGGCUGAGCGCCUCGCCUUGCGGAGGAGGAUCCCCGUGGAAGUGCCCCCUGUCAUAAUUAAGGAGUGGUCGGCCUACAAGGGCAAGUCGCCCCAGACUCCGGAGCUGGUGACGGCCCUGACCUUUCGUGAGUGGACCUGCCCCAACCUGAAGAAGCUGUGGCUGGGCAAGGCCGUGGAGGACAAGAACCGGCGCAUGAGGGCCUUCCUGGCCUGCCUGAAGUCUGACACACCCGGCAUGCUGAACCCUGCCAACGUCCCCACCCACCUGCUGCUGCUCUGCUGCGUCUUACGGUACAUGAUGCAGUGGCCAGGGAGCCGGAUUUUGCACAGAUACGAACUGGAUGCGUUUCUAGCACAGGCUGUUUCUUCCAAACUGUACGAGCCAGACCAGCUCCAGGAACUGAAGAUCGAGAAACUGGACGCCCGCGGGAUUCAGCUGGCCGCCUUGUUCAUGAGUGGCGUUGACACGGCCCUCUUCGCCAACGACGCCUGUGGGCAGCCCAUCCCCUGGGAGCACUGCUGUCCCUGGAUCUACUUUGACGGCAAGCUUCUCCACAGCAAGCUGGUGCGGGCCACCCGCGAGAAGGCUCCCCUCAUCGACCUCUGUGAUGGUCAGGCAGACCAGGUUGCCAAGGUGGAGAAGAUGAGGCAGAGCAUCCUGGAGGGGCUCAACCUAACCCGGCAGCCCAUGCUACCACCAUCGAUGCCCCCGCCAGCCUUCGUGCCCCCCAUGAUGGCACCCUUCUACCCCAUGCCCAUGUAUGGCCGCUCCUUCGGGCCAGUUCCGCCCCCUCAGGGCCGGGGCCGGAGUUUCGCCGGCCUCCAGCAGAUCUCGCAGGGAGGAAAGCUAGAGAUCGCCGGCAUGGUGGUGGGGCAGUGGGCGGGCAGUCGGCCAGCUCGAGGCCGGGGGUCGCUCAACCUGCAGGUCGUUUCUGUUGGGGGCCACGGCAGAGGGCAAGUGAAGGACGCGGCACCAUCCGGGAAAGGAACCCGAGGGACCAGUGGUAAAAAUGGAGCAGCAGCCUCCGCCGAAGAUAGCCAGCAGACUCAUCCAACUACGCCAAGUGAGGUGCCCCGACCCUUCACCCAUCAGAGCCCCGCUCCAGAGGAAGAGGAGGAGGAGGAGGAGGAAGGUGAGGUGGAGGCAGCCUCUGAGCCAGCUCCAAACCCCGCCGACGGCCCAACCCAGCUGAAUGGGAGCACGAAGGGAGAGCAGGAGAGCCAACCUCCCGCACUAUCGCCAAGUGCCUUAAAGAAAGACAGUGACCUUUGCAAUAGUAUUUCUCAGUUCAAUGCACUAAAUACUGACGACAGCUGCCACUGGGAACAGAAAGCAGCCAGUUCCGUACGGCAGACAGAGGAGUAGAGGCAUGGUUUUUUACGUGCUCUCUCCUUUUGGUUUUAAAAAAAACAGAAAAGGAAAAUGCGUGUUUCCAAUUAGAAAAUUGUGUACCAAAUUUGAACAGAUAUCACCAACUCUUCUGCCCCUCCCUUGCCAAUCCUGUUUCUGGCCUCCACAGGACGGGAUUGGCUUGGUUAGUUAGGAGCAGCACCAUCAGCUGGUACCUUCAGGUCUAGCGUCAAUGGACUGUAUCUGGAUAAGAUAUCCCAGGACCUGUCUGUAUGUGUGUCCAUCAGCUACUGCUCCCCUCCUUCCCCUUCUCUCCCUCUCUCACUCGUUCCUCCUUCCCUAUCUCUGCCGCUCACCCUCCUGCCCAUCCCUGUCUGUGCCCCCCGGCUCCCUACAAGUCUUCUACGUGGUCUUUUGCCCUCAUCUUGCUUUGCUCUUUCCAGCAAAAUCCAUCCCGCAAUCUGAAAUUACAUGUUACCACACAGACAAACCCUCCCCAUGUAGCUGUCAGAAAUGCUGGGACUCCUUGCCUUGCCUGAGGCAGUCGCUGCCCAAAGCGGGCUUCCCUGCUGUUCUCCGGAUCCUGUUUCCCACUUCCCAGUGCUGCCGCUGCUUUGAUCUUUACCAGUGUAACUGGGAGGAGCAAAGUCGGGUGCACAGACACACAUGCACACCCCCGCCCCCAGUGCUGGGUGGGCAGGCCUGGCAUCUACCACCAGUGCAGUAUAACUGCAUCUUUGGGAUUGGGUUGGGGUUGCACCCACCAUUCCCCUCCCAGUAGUACGUACGUGUGUGUGUGUGUGUGUACACACACGCGCGCGCGCACACACACACACACACUCUGACAGAGUCUACAAUUGGAAGCACGCAUUUUUAUUUUUAAUUUUUUUUUCUCCCUGAAGAAAGAACUUAUCGAAUGGCCUUGUUAAGGGGCAUGAAUGUUGUGAAGAAGUAGCAGAUUAAUUUAUUUUUGGUCUGCCUGAGACUGAGGACUUUUUUUGUGCACUGGUAGUGUACCUACAGCUAUAAGUGAGAUUUUAUAAAGGGGGGUGCCAGGUGACACAUUCCCUUUGUAUCAAACUUCCUCAAGAUCAACACCUUUUCUUUUCCCCAUUUGGCCAAACCUUGGGAGCUCAGUCGGCUGGGAAUGGAGAGCGAGGAACGACGAGACUCCUGUUCCUGACGGC